CGUAAAGAACGGUUUAUUUUCUUUUUAAUUAUUUACAUUGCAGUUGUACAAAUGUUGUGGCACAAAAUCAUAAGCUUUGUGUGGCUUCUAGUGGCCACUAUACGCCCAACGGAGGCGCUAAUAUGCAGUCGGUAUCCAAUAAAUACGCUCAUGCCAAAAUCACCGGUUGACGAGAACUUUCUGGUGACGAUAAGUGGAAACCCACAAACAUAUAUUUUGGGACAAGAAUAUAACGUCACCAUCCAAGCUUUCAACGGUUUACGUUUCAUCAGCUUCAAACUUGCAUUAGAAAACGAAAAUGGUGAUGUAGGUUUAAGCGAAGAUCUUGGCCACUUCGAAAUACUUGACCCGGUGGAGACGCGCUACAGUCCGAAUUGUGUAAAUAUGGUGGAGAGUACAAAUACCAAUCCGAAGACACGCAUCGAUGUGCAAUGGGUAGCACCUGAACAAAAGGGCAACGGAUGUGUACUCAUAAGGACGAUGUUACUGCAACAUCGUGACGUUUGGUUUAUGGACGAUGGUGGAUUAACGCGUAAAAUAUGCGAAGAGAGCGCCGACGAUGUGGAGACUGCACCAACAGGUGAGGAUCCGUAUAAGUGUUGUGCUUGCGACGAGGCACGCUAUGAGCUCACAUUCGAGGGCAUGUGGUCGCGCAAUCUACAUCCGAAGGACUUUCCCGCAAAAGGUUGGAUAACACGCUUCAGUGAUAUUAUCGGCGCCUCACAUACCGCAGACUAUAGUUUCUGGAAGUAUGGCGAAAUGGCCAGCGAUGGUAUGAAAGAAUUCGCAGAGCAUGGCUCGGCCCUAACGCUAGAACGUGAGUUCAACAAUAUGUUUAAGGAAGGCAAUAUACGCACCAUUAUUAAAGCACGUGGUCCUGCCUUUCCCAACUUGAAUGGCCAAUCAGUUGCAUCCGUACGUGCAGAUCCGCAACGUCAUCUACUCUCGCUGGCCUCCAAAAUCGAUCCAUCGCCCGAUUGGAUUGUGGGCUUAUCUGGUUUUGAGCUUUGCAUGUCCAAUUGCACAUGGUUGGAGCAGAAAACGAUUACUUUAUACCCGUGGGAUGUCGGCACCGAUGCGGGUCCUUCAUAUACGUCGCCGGAUCAGCCACAAAUUCCCGCCGAUGUCAUACGACGCAUACGUUCCAAUUUUCCAAAUGACCCACGUUCACCAUUUUACGAUGAAACCGGCGCACAAAUGAAACCCUUAGCUGUGCUAAAGAUCAAACGACAAAGACUCUAUGAACGAUUAUGUGAGGAUGAAGAUUCCAAUAAUUUCGAUCUGCCCCGUGAGUGCUUCACUCAUCCUUGGACAGCGUGGAGCGAAUGCACAGCCAAGUGCGGUGAAGGACGUCAAUUUCGUACACGUGUCUAUAAGCAGCCUGAGGUAGCGAGAAUCUUCAAUUGCGAUGUGGAAACACGACAAGACCGCACGUGUAGGGGUGAAGAAUGCAGUCGUGAAAGGGAAGGUUAUGGCAGAGUACGCGACAGCGACAGAUAUGAGGACAAUGAGUUCGCUGAGUUACUGGAAAGAGAGGACACGGGUGGACAAAUAACGCGUGCAGAUUGUCUGUUGACCAGCUGGAGUGUUUGGUCACCGUGUAGCCGCACUUGUGGCGAAGGCAGAAUUAUGCGCAGACGUCAAUAUGCCAAUCCGAUGCUGAAAAGACGCUGUCAGCGAAAAUAUCCUGUGAAAUUGGUGAAUUAUCAAACAUGUGUGGAGCCUGCAUGUCCGGAGGAGAAUCAAGAUGAAGACGAGGAAGAAAAAGGUACGGAAGCGGAGGAAGAUGAAGAGGGUGCCGAUGAGAAAGACGAAUCAGAAAAGGGGGAAGAAGAAGAAAAUGAAGGUGAAGAUGAAGGUAAUACCGAGGCUGAGGACGUUAAUGAAGGUGAAGCAAAGGAUGAAAAAGCUGCUGUAGAUAAAAACAAUGAGGAUGAGGCAGAAGAAGAAGAAGCAGUAGAAGAAGAGGAGGAGAUGAAGGAGAUUGAACAAGGCAAACCGAUAAGGCCAGUAAGCAGUUGGCAACAAAGCCGCGACCGAAAUCGUUACAAUUAUAGAGGGCGCAUAAAAUCAAAUCAAAGGAACCGCGCACGUUUCGAGAAUGCAGAGAAGGAAGAAGCUGAUGAGGAGGACGGAGAAGCCGAAGAGGAACAACCGGAGGAGGGCGAAGAGGAUGAAGGCGAAAAUGAAGAGGAGGGGGAGGAGGAAGAGCAAGAAGGUCAAGAGGCCGAGGAAGAUGUUGGAGCAGAUGAAGAGGACGAUGCUGAGAGCGAAAACUCAAUAGGCAAAUAUUAUAACUUUAAAAACCGUUACAACAUGGCUGGCCGACGUAAAACUGAAAAAGACGAAGCGGACCCAGACGAUUAUAAUGAACGCACACCAAGUCGAUUUAAUUACUACAACCGCUAUUCUACCGGCAACAGACUCCGAAAUAACAGAAAUGAAGAGGAAGAGCCGCCGGAAGAUGACGAAGGAGAAGAACAAUACAGUAGAUCAAAUGCACGUGGCAAAAAUCGCGUCCGUAAUUCGCGCAAAAAUCGAGCUGAGGAUGAAGAAACCGAUGUUGAGCCACCGAAAAUACCACCAUACUGCUUUACACUACUCAAAAUUAGAAGCUGCAAAGAAAAGAAGCCCGUGCGAAACUAUUGGUUCUACAACUAUUGUGAAGAUCUCUGUAUGCUCUAUACUGCCGAUACCUGCGAUAGGAAUGCAAAUAAAUUCAAUUCACUGGAGGCGUGCGAGGAGACAUGUAGGCCGCCAGGGAACGAGUUUUUAGUGCGACGCAAACAGAAGCUGAGUUGCUUCAAAUCGAAUGAGAUAAGACAGAAUAAGCGUAGAAAGAAUUCGUGGAUGUAAGAAAUGUUAUUCAAUAAGAUUUUUAUACGUUUGUAUGUAUGUAUUUUUUACUUUUUUUU